GCCAAUUGCGCUUCAUCUAUUUACUCUGACUCACUGUCACUUUUGCUUUCACAUAUCUCUCUGAUCCUUUCUCUUCCUCUUUGAAGCUCAGUUCCUUUCUCUUAUCCCACCACUCUGCCUCGAGCUCAUACCCCGCCUUCACAAUGUCCGCAACCAACGGCCACGCCAAUGGCGUGAAUGGUGUCAACGGGACAGGUCUCCCCAAUCACCCAGGUUACACAGCCAUUCCUGCCCGAGAGAACCCACACCCACACACUGCCAGAAAUCCAUACGGCCACAAUGCCGGAGUCACAGACUUCCUCAGCAACGUCUCGAGGUUUAAGAUCAUCGAGAGUACUCUACGAGAGGGCGAACAGUUCGCCAAUGCGUUCUUUGAUACCCAGAAGAAGAUUGAGAUCGCCAAGGCACUGGACGACUUUGGCGUUGACUAUAUUGAACUCACGAGUCCGUGCGCUUCGGAACAAUCGAGGAAGGAUUGUGAAGCUAUCUGCAAGCUUGGAUUGAAGGCUAAGAUUCUCACACAUAUCAGAUGUCACAUGGACGAUGCCCGAGUCGCGGUGGAAACCGGUGUCGAUGGAGUUGAUGUCGUUAUCGGCACGUCGUCCUACCUCCGCGAGCAUUCCCACGGAAAGGAUAUGACAUACAUCAAGAACACUGCGAUUGAGGUCAUCGAAUUCGUCAAGUCCAAGGGCAUUGAGGUCAGAUUCUCCAGCGAAGACUCUUUCAGAUCUGAUUUGGUAGAGCUUCUCUCUCUGUACUCAGCCGUGGACCAAGUCGGUGUCAAUCGAGUUGGUAUUGCAGAUACCGUUGGCUGCGCCUCCCCUCGCCAAGUCUACGAGCUCGUCCGUGUCCUGCGUGGCGUCGUCAAGUGCGACAUCGAAAUCCACCUGCACAAUGACACCGGAUGUGCGAUUGCCAACGCCUACUGUGCCUUGGAAGGUGGUGCCACCCACGUUGACACCUCUGUUCUCGGCAUCGGUGAACGCAAUGGUAUCACCCCUCUCGGAGGUCUCAUGGCCCGCAUGAUCGCCGUUGAUCGCGACUACGUGAUGAGCAAGUACAAGCUCCACAAGCUCAAGGACAUCGAGGACCUCGUCGCCGAAGCUGUCGAGAUCAACAUUCCUUUCAACAACUACAUCACCGGCUUCUGCGCCUUCACCCACAAGGCCGGUAUCCAUGCCAAGGCCAUCCUGAACAACCCUAGCACAUAUGAGAUCAUCAACCCGGCCGACUUCGGCAUGACGAGAUACGUGCAUUUCGCCUCCCGGCUCACCGGCUGGAAUGCCAUCAAGUCACGUGCUCAACAACUCAACCUCGAGAUGACCGACGCACAGUACAAGGAGUGCACGGCCAAGAUCAAGGCGCUCGCCGACAUCAGGCCUAUCGCCAUCGACGAUGCGGACAGCAUUAUUCGUGCAUACCACAGAAACCUCAAGUCCGGCGAGGACCACCCCCUCCUGGACCUCACUGCCGACGAGAAGGCGCAGUUCGCAGCCAAGGAGAAGGAGUACACAGAGGCAUAGAGUAGGGCGUUCUGCUUUUGGUUUUAAAAAUUUUACUUACUCUUCUCCUUCGUGUUUACCCCCGGUCGCCCCGCCACUCUUAUACCAUCAACCCCCUUUUCUUCCUUUCGGCCACUUUUGUUUCCCCUUUGCUCUCUCGUACACUCUCUUUCGGUCGGCCCCCGAUAUUAAUUUCUUUUUGUUGUUAUAAUUUUAAAGUACUUUGGAUGAUGAUACGAGGAACGGUUACGAAACAGCCCUGGUGAGGCGACGGCCUUCCGAAGAGUGCGAAUUUAGAGAGACAUUUUCU